AUGAAAGGUUUCUCUGCGGAUGUUGAUAUCAGUCCAGGUCCGAAAAAUCAUCUACCCUUAUCCAUAACCCGACCAUCUUGUUUGCUUCCUCUCCUGGAUCAUGAUCCGAAUUCUGUUAUUUGCCCUCGGCAUCUUCUCCUCCCGGUCUGCAUCGUGGGUGCUGGACCUGCCGGACUGAGCGCUGCGGCGGAGUUAGAAGGCCAAGGACAUCGCACGGUGAUCUUUGAGAAGCAGAGCGCAGUCGGAGGGAAAUGUCAGGCUGUCUACCAGAACGGAUCAUUCAGCCCUCUAGGCGCGUUUAUCUUCAUGCCCCCAACAUAUCGCGAGUCUAUUCGGCUCCUGCUAGACACCGACAUGACUUCUGCCUCACAGCUUCUAAUGACCGAGGUUGAUCGGUACAUUGACUGGUGGAACAACCUAAUUUGGAUGCAUGCUCACCCUUCAUCAGCUCUUGUGCUGCAGUAUCUCACCCCAGGCAUACUGCUCAUUCUUCUCAAAGUCCAACGAGGCGUGAAGAUCGAAAUUACAGAUUUCCACCAAACCCUAGAGAAAUUCGCCGCGAAACGCAUUUCCGGCGCGAUCCACCUCAACACGGCGAUUUCUAAGAUCGAUCGAACCGGAGAGCAUCCCAUCGUCGCCUUCCAUUCAGACGGGCAUGACAGCCGCACGCAAACCUGUUCCGCCGUCAUCCUCGCCUUCCCACCCGCCGUCUCUGCCCUCAAAUCCGCCAACCUGGACCUCUCCGAGGGCGAGCACGAGGUAUUUGGCCCCGUGGGAAUUAAUAGCUUCUACUCGGGCGCCGUGAAGAUGUCCACGCCGCAUGGAAUGACUUUCGGCGCGGCUAGCCCUCACCCGGGACUUCCCCCGGAUGCCACGGGGGACCCGGUCGUCUGCAAGAAGCUGCACGGUCAUCUCGACAUCGCUAUUACCUCGUCGUGGGGUCCCUAUCGUGGCACCCUCCAGGGACGAGGCAUAUGCGCGCUUAAAGACGACGCUCUCGCUAUUCAAUCGAGACCCUCGAGACCCGUCGUCCCAAGCCGUGCCCAUCACGGAUGA